ACACAUUCUUGGUUUUCCUCCCUGGGAUGAGGACUUAGGAAAUGCAUCCUGGACGCAUUCAGGCUUCCAUGCAGCCUCCAAGCUCCUAUCCUGCCGGCUCCUAUCCACAGUCCUACAGAAAUUCAGAGGAAGACCAAAGAUGAUGCAGACUUCAAGCACCAAAGUACACAAACUGAAGAAACUUUAUCCUUUGUAUAUAAUUAUCUUAAAUAUAUGCCAUCAUUUCAAGGGGAGCUUAUGCUAAGUGUGACUUCAUAAACAAAUCAUUUGUGAAAGAGAAAAACCACAUCCAGGGUAAAGUCAUAAGGUGAAAAAGCCUAUUUCAGAGAGCACUUCCUGAAAGAGACAAAGCAGCAAUUAAAGUCAGCCCAGCACCAACUCCGAUGCCAAGCGUUACACUGGAAACUACUUUUUAAAGCAACAAAAGAGUCUAAAACAAAAUACAACAUUUCUUAAAUACACUGUUUCCAGAAAGAGCUAUUUUAACAGAAGCAACUCAAAGAUAUCCCUUCGACAGAAGUGGAAGUGCUGAAAAAUGCUCAUCUCUCACACAGACUUUUGAUGGACAGGAGUUUCUAAGUAUCAUGCCUACCAACAAGCUGUAAAAUGAUCACCCUGAACAAUCAAGAUCAACCUGUCCCUUUUAACAGCUCACAUCCAGAUGAAUACAAAAUUGCGGCCCUUGUCUUCUAUAGCUGUAUCUUCAUAAUUGGAUUAUUUGUUAACGUCACUGCAUUAUGGGUUUUCAGUUGUACCACCAAGAAGAGAACCACGGUAACCAUCUAUAUGAUGAAUGUGGCAUUAGUGGACUUGAUAUUUAUAAUGACUUUACCCUUUCGAAUGUUUUAUUAUGCAAAAGAUGAAUGGCCAUUUGGAGAGUACUUCUGCCAGAUUCUUGGAGCUCUCACAGUGUUUUACCCAAGCAUUGCUUUAUGGCUUCUUGCCUUUAUUAGUGCUGACAGAUACAUGGCCAUUGUACAGCCGAAGUACGCCAAAGAACUUAAAAACACGUGCAAAGCCGUGCUGGCGUGUGUGGGAGUCUGGAUAAUGACCCUGACCACGACCACCCCUCUGCUACUGCUCUAUAAAGACCCAGAUAAAGACUCCACUCCCGCCACCUGCCUCAAGAUUUCUGACAUCAUCUAUCUAAAAGCUGUGAACGUGCUGAACCUCACUCGACUGACAUUUUUUUUCUUGAUUCCUUUGUUCAUCAUGAUUGGGUGCUACUUGGUCAUUAUUCAUAAUCUCCUUCACGGCAGGACGUCUAAGCUGAAACCCAAAGUCAAGGAGAAGUCCAUAAGGAUCAUCAUCACGCUGCUGGUGCAGGUGCUCGUCUGCUUUAUGCCCUUCCACAUCUGUUUCGCUUUCCUGAUGCUGGGAACGGGGGAGAACAGUUACAAUCCCUGGGGAGCCUUUACCACCUUCCUCAUGAACCUCAGCACGUGUCUGGAUGUGAUUCUCUACUACAUCGUUUCAAAACAAUUUCAGGCUCGAGUCAUUAGUGUCAUGCUAUACCGUAAUUACCUUCGAAGCAUGCGCAGAAAAAGUUUCCGAUCUGGUAGUCUACGGUCACUAAGCAAUAUAAACAGUGAAAUGUUAUGAAUAAUAAGGUUCUUUCAUUUCAAUCCCAUCAAAAUUCACUUCACUAACUACUCUGGCGUCAAUGGAUAUUCUGUAUAAUACUAUCGUCCCUUUUCUCUUGAAAAAAUAAAUUCAUUAUCUUCAUUUUAAAAACUUAUAUAAAACAUUUUUGUGAAUUAUUCAGAGAAAAGCAUCUGAUUUUUCUUUCCUAGUCAAGCCUUGUUCACACAGAUAAUUAACUUUUUGCAUUUCUAUGUGCAAGUGACACAUGUAUGUUAAUCAAGUCAGUAGGGGGGGAAAUCGAGCUACCAUACAAAAUAAUUUGAUUACAUUAUUUUCUAUCUAGAUGCAGCUCCCUCAGGUCUAAUUUGCACUAGGAAUGGAAUUAUAAAUCCAACACUUUAUGUCCCAAACACUGACUUCCAGAAUUCCUAUAUAAGAAAUUAUGUUGAACUCAUUACUGUUACUUACUACAAGGCAAAAUUAAUAGCAACAAGAACCCAAGGGGCCUGUUACAGCCAUCCCCAUCAGCCCUUCCCUACUCUGAAUUCAUUCUUUUGAAAACAGAGAAUAGUCAUUCAACAAACACUGAGAGCCUACUAUGCACCAAACCCUAUUUAGGACUAAUGAUGAAAAUCUAACCUGAGAUGCUAUUUCUAUCCAAUAAUCCAAGUUCAUUUCUAUCAUGUGAGGUUUCUACUAUAUGGCGAAAUGCCAUUCUCCAAUACAAACAGUUUGCUCUUCUUAUGUAGUUGAAGAUACCAUUUUUACAAAAGAAGUUAAUUGAUUUUUUUUCCCAGGCCAUAUGUCACAGUAUAAAUAGUACUAGUAGGAACCUUGGAUUUCUUAGCCUUGCCAUUUAAUUUCUCCUAAUAAAGUAACAAACCAAGUAACUUAUCCAUCUAAAAGAAAAAAACUGAACUAUAAUCUGUUAAGUCCCUAUUAUCCUUAAUACUUAUGGAAGUAAAAUAAAUGAUUC